AUGUCCUCCUACGAAGACCACGGCCUUUCCCCUUACGAGAAUCGCUCAAUUAGAGUCUCUCGUAGAGCAACGGAUGCCUUUUCGCCAGCGCAAUGCGUUCUCUUUUCGGAUCCCGAUAAGUUCAAUAAUACGUACGCGCACGUCAUUCAGCAACCUGAACGCUUUUCCGGCUCUCUCGGCCUUCCUAGUUUUUCGGUCCGUUUUUACGGGUUCCUUUUUCGGCUUUUCGGCUCUUCGGUUCUUCCGGUCCUUUUGGUUUUUCUCCCGGCCCGUCCUACGGAUUCUCUUCGUCCCUCGGCUCCGUUCGGUUCCUCAAAACCGCCCUCGCACGGACACGGGCCCCCUCUCUUUCGGCGAUUUAACCGACUUCUCAAUACUCAAGUAUUUGCAGCACGUUAUUUGCAGCUUGAGCACUUGCAAUACGCUUUCGGUUCUUUCGGCAAUCAAACAAAGACUCAGCUUUUUGGAAGAUCGAAAUCCCACCCUCCAGCAUGCUCUUUACAGCUCCCUCGAUUAGCAAGCUUAUCAAUCUACCCGUUGUGGUGCAAUUAA